AUGACGAGUCUUGGCAGAAAUCUCUGGAAGAAUUUUGCUUGCCUGAAUCGUUACUUUUCUUCUGCCUCGGUCGCCGCGGUGCGGUACUCAGUGGGAAGAGAUCCGUCGUCACUCCCGUUGGCUCUCACCCAGAAGCUUCCUAAAAACCCCAUCCCUUGUUUCGUCGCUGACCGUCCGGUUUCUCUACGCUACAGAGUCAAAACAAUGAUCGAGCUUUCUCAGUUGGACAAGGCUGCGGAAAUCGCUCGUUUCGCUGGAUCGGAAGAUCAUCGCGAUGGCCCCGAGACAACGAUCGUCAUGUGCAACGAAAUCAUCGACGCCAUGAUUGGGGCCAAACGUUACGUGGACGCCACGGCUCUGUUCCACUACUUCUUCAACGAGUGUAAACUUAAUCCCAGCGUCGUCUCUUUCAACCACAUGAUAAAAGUCCACUGUAUUGAAAACCGCCUAGACAAAGCCCUCCAACUAUACCGUCACGCCACAGUUUCUCGUCGAGACAACGAAGACACAUACAGGAUUCUGACCAAAGGUCUUGUCCAUGCAGGGAGGAUCUAUGAAGCUCUGGGUAUGAUUAAGGCGGUAGGUAUGUAUGAUUUAGUUGCAUACACCUAUCUGAUUCGUGGCUUCUUAGAUCUUGGAAACAUCCACAAAGCUGGUCAAUUAGUCGAUGAAUAUUUGCACGGUAGGUCUAGUUAUUAUUACAUAGGGAUUCGGAAUGCAGAGUUUAUGGAGUACUGGUUUAGACAAGGCAAUGAUGAGAAAGCCAUGAACAUUUACAGCUCAAUCAUGUCCAGCAAUGAAAUAUAUCUGAGGGGUGGAGAUACCCUUUUGAGAAUCUUGCUAAAGUACGGUAAGAUAUCUGAGGCGUGGGCAUUGUUCAAGGAGAUGAUAAACAAUUCUAUCACACGACCUAAUUUCAGUUCAGAGACUAUUAAUAUGAUGGUGAAUGAGUGUUUCAAGAUCGGCAACUUUAAGGAGGCAAUGGAUACUUUCAAGCUGGGAGCUUCGUUUUCUAGUUGUUACACUAACAUUAUCGACAGGUUUUGCGAGCUUGGAAUGAUGACUGAGGCAGAAGGUUUGUUUGAGGGAAUGUGGUCACACAAAGACGACUUGGUCUUGUCCCUUGAGAAUCCUACAUUUAGAUCAAUGAUCAAUGGAUAUGUUAAGGCUGGGAGGGUCGAUGAUGCUCAACAGAUGUUGAAAAAGAUGGUGGAUGUAAGUCUACUCAAUGUUGCUGUUCGUCAAGCCGAUUAG